UGCCCUACUGUCUAAAUAAACUGUCAAACAGUUGGCCAACGUGACAAAGCAUUUGAUUAUAUUUAUUAAUUACCCUAAAAUUACCUAUUUUUAUUUAUUUUGUUUUUAAUUACAUUAUAUCCAAAUCUUGGCAAAAUGGCUGGUUCUGCUUUGAGAAGAUUAAUGGCCGAAUACAAACAGCUAACAUUGAAUCCUCCUGAAGGAAUAAUCGCUGGUCCAAUAAACGAGGAAAAUUUUUUUGAAUGGGAAGCUCUAAUCACCGGGCCUGAAGGGACUUGUUUCGAAGGAGGUGUAUUCCCUGCGAAGCUAGUUUUCCCCCCAGAUUAUCCCCUAAGCCCGCCUAAAAUGCAAUUUACGUGCGAAAUGUUUCAUCCAAAUAUAUACUCAGAUGGUAGAGUUUGUAUAUCAAUAUUACAUGCUCCGGGCGAUGACCCAAUGGGGUACGAAUCAAGCGCAGAAAGAUGGUCGCCCGUACAAAGCGUAGAAAAAAUACUACUAUCUGUUGUCAGUAUGUUAGCAGAGCCCAACGAUGAAAGUGGUGCCAAUGUAGAUGCUGCGAAAAUGUGGAGAGAGAAUAGAAUUGAAUUUAACAAAAUAGCCGAGAAAAUUGUUCGACGAACGCUAGGUAUCCCAACUUAAUUCAAUUUCCCAUAAAUUAAGUACAUAAAUUGUUAAUAUGUAUAUUUUGUUUCAAAUAUUAAUUUAUUCAGCGGAAUAUCGUGAUAUUUUUAAAAUUUUUAUGUUGAAAAUAAUUGAUUUUUAAUUAAUAUAGUAAGUUAAGUACAAAUAAAUGAAACGUUUUAUUAAAAUACUAUUUAACAUGAACGAAACAAAU